CACAGAAAAUAAGGCGCAGCAACAAUGACGUAAAAUAGCAUGCGCUGCCUACGGAUACCGGUACGGCCCACGUGCUUUCAUGCCCCUCUUUUUUUUUUCUCCUCCAAGCGCGCGCGGAGGAGGGCGGUGCUCAACGUGGUUUCCGGUUGAGCUUCGCGUCUUGGUAUCUAGGCAACCGGGACGACAACAACAAAAGGCACUCGCGUGGCGCCUGCAAGGAAAGGUUUGUCGCGAUGUUCGGCGCUAUUCCGAUCGGGGUGUCCGGAGAAAGCUAUGGCAGCGAAAGAGGAAGGCAGAGGAGCACUGCAUUAGCUAUGAUAUUUUGAAAAGAGUGAGUCCUUUGGAGGCAGAACUUCUUAAAGAACCUACUAUUCAAUAUAAAGUCAAAUUCAGAUUUGCUGGGUCGGAGUUUCCCCCUUUCAUUGUGUUCAAGAUAUUUUGCAAGUCAGUAGGUCAAAGCAACCAAUAUCUCAGUGGGAAAAGAGUAAUAACAUCAAGGAGUGAGGCAGCUGUUGAUGCUUGCAAAUUAAUGGGCUAUCGGAAAUAUUACAACCAGAUACUGCGUGAUGAACUUCAGCAUAAGAAAUAUGGAAUAAUAGAUGAAAUGGAUGUUGCUACAAUAAGAGACUAUGUCCAAUACGUUAGUUAUGUGGAUGAGACUCCAGCAUAUUUUGGUGGCAGGCAUAACUACUGGAGAAAGCUAAGUCUGGAAAACUUUCCCAGAGCAAUGAUGUUGUAUGAUAUCAUGGACUAUGCACAGUCUGGGAAGCUGUCUGCCCGCCUAAGGAUGGAACUGCCGUUUCUGCUGCUGAAGCCACAGAAUGAAGAAACGUCUCGUGCUCAAGUCCUAGCUGUUUGUCAAAUCAGAUCUCCAGCACCAUGUCUGACAACAGCUAAUCUCUCAACCGCAGAGCGAAUGUUAGCUCGCACAAUUUCUGAACGUCGCUCUUACCGAGCUCGACAGAAGAUUGCAAAAAUGAGGAAGGUUUAUAAAACUAAGAAAGGAGAGGAGCAUAGUUCAUCUUCAAGCGAUCGUUCAAGAAGUGAUCAUUCAUUGGCUGAGAAAGAAAGUCUAUUUUCAGAUGAAGACUGGGAGCAAGAGGCAGUGAGGCUAUAUGACUGGGCCAGGUCACUGCAAGCGGAAGAUCUUGGGGAAGACUAACUUACCAUAAAC